AUGGCAGUGGAUUUGACUUGUCCUUUUGGCGUCUCCUCAGCCUGUGGAGCCCAGGCCUCUUGGAGCAUCUUUGGGGCUGACGCAGCGGAGGUUCCGGGCACACGCGGCCACUUCCGCCAGGAGGCUGCCAUGCCCCACAUUCCCGAGGACGAGGAGCCCCCUGGAGAGCCACAGGCAGCCCAGAGCCCUGCCGGCCAAGGCCCUCCCACGGCAGGAGUAUCUUGCAGUCCACCCGCCAUCGUCCUGACUGGGGAUGCCAGUUCACCGGAAGAAGAAACUGACAAAAACCUGGCCAACAGAGCUCACAGUCCCCACAGGAGGCUUUCUCACCGACACUUGAAGGUUUCCACUGCUUCGCUGACUUCUGUGGACCCUGCGGGGCACAUCAUUGACCUGGUGAAUGACCAGCUGCCUGACAUCAGCAUCUCAGAGGAGGACAAGAAGAAAAACCUGGCACUGCUGGAAGAAGCCAAGUCGGUGAGUGAGCGAUUCCUGACCCGCCGCGGGAGGAAGUCCAGGAGCAGCCCCGGAGACUCCCCCUCAGCUGUUUCCCCGAACCUCAGUCCCGGAGCUUCUCCUGCAUCCUCUCGGAGCAACUCACUCACCGUCCCCACACCGCCCGGCUUGGAUGCAUGCAGUGGUCCACAGUCACCUCUGCCCAGAGCACCACCACAGCAGAAGGGGAAUGAGGCCGAAGUCUCUUCACCUCUCUUUGGCGAGCCUAGUGUCCCCAAAGGGCUAGCUGACCGGAAGCAGAAUGACCAGAGGAAAGUGUCUCAGGGCAGGCUGACUCCUCGCUCUCCCACAGUUGAGAAGUCCAAAGAGAUUGCAAUAGAACAAAAGGAAAACUUCGAUCCCCUCCAGCACCCUGAGGCCACACACAAGGGCCCAGCUUCUGGCACAGGCAGUGGUGGGAAGAUGGCCCUGAACAGCCCCCAGCCUGGCCCCGCUGAGAGUGAGCUGGAGAAGCCGCUCCUGAAGACAGCCAGGGAGGGCAACCCUCUGCCCAGAAGUCCAGCCCAGGGCUCUGGAGGGGUGGCUCCCACAGCCCCCCAGGGAAAAGGCACAGCUGGAGAGCCGACAGGGUCCAAAGUUGGCUCCAAAGCCGAGCUGCGGUCCCCUGUGUCCCGGCCCCCCCUGCUGCGGGGGGUCUCCUGGGACAGCGGCCCCGAAGAACCUGGCCCCCGGCUGCAGAAAGUGCUUGCCAAGCUGCCACUGGCAGAGGAAGAGAAGCGUUUUGCAGGCAGAGCUAGCAGCAAGCUGGCUAAGGCGCCUGGACUCAAAGACUUUCAGAUACAAGUGCAGCCCGUGCGGAUGCAGAAACUGACCAAGCUCCGUGAGGAGCACAUCCUGCUAAGAAAUCAGAACUUAGUGGGGCUCAAGCUUCCAGACCUUAGUGAAGCGGCUGAACAAGAAAAAGGGCUCCUGUCUGAACUCUCCCCAGCUACUGAGGAAGAAGAGUCCAAGAGUGGCUUCGAUGUCAUGCCCAAUAUUUCUGACGUGCUGCUGCGCAAGCUGCGGGUCCACAAGUCUCUCCCUGGAAGUGCUCCCCCGCUCACUGAAAAGGAAGUUGAGAACGUGUUUGUACAACUGUCCUUGGCCUUUAGAAAUGACAGCUACACCCUGGAAUCUAGAAUUAACCAGGCUGAAAGGGAACGCAACCUGACAGAGGAGAACACAGAGAAGGAACUGGAAAACUUCAAAGCUUCCAUUACGUCCUCAGCUUCGCUCUGGCACCACUGUGAGCACCGGGAGACCUACGAGAAGCUGCUGGAGGACAUCGCUGUCCUGCACCGCCUGGCUGCCCGCCUCUCCAGCCGAGCAGAGAUGGUGGGCGCCGUCCGCCAGGAAAAGCGCAUGUCAAAGGCGACAGAGGUGAUGAUGCAGUAUGUGGAGAAUCUGAAGAGGACGUAUGAGAAGGACCAUGCAGAGCUCAUGGAGUUUAAAAAACUUGCAAAUCAGAAUUCAAGCCGCAGCUGCGGCACCUCCGAAGACGGGGUCCCUCGCACAGCACGGUCCAUGUCCCUCACGCUGGGAAAGAACAUGCCCCGCCGGAGGGUCAGCGUUGCUGUGGUUCCCAAGUUUAAUGCCCUGAACCUGCCUGGCCAAUCCCCCAGCUCGUCACCCAUCCCCUCCUUACCAGCCCUGUCGGAAUCACCCAACGGGAAAGGCAACCUACCUGUCACCUCAGCACUGCCUGCACUUUUGGAAAAUGGGAAGACAAAUGGGGAACCAGAUUGUGAAGCCUCCGCUCCCAUGCCAACUCCGAGCUGCCUGGAGGAGAUUAGCCCAGAGGCCAAGGCCAGGAUGGAGGAAGAAGCGUACAAUAAGGGAUACCAGGAAGGUCUAAAGAAGACCAAAGAGCUUCAGGACCUGAAGGAGGAAGAGGAAGAACAGAAGAAUGAGAGUCCUGAGGAACCUGAAGAGGCAGAAGAAACUGAGGAAGAGGAAAAGGAGCAGAGAAGCAGCAAACUUGAAGAUUUGGUUCAUUUCUUACAAGUCAUGUUUCCCAAACUGUGUCAGCACUGGCAAGUCAUCUGGAUGAUGGCCGCAGCAAUGCUGGUCUUGACUGUUGUGCUGGGGCUCUACAAUUCCUAUAACUCAUGCAUAGAGCAGGCUGAUGGGCCCCUUGGGAGAUCCACUUGUUCAGCAGCCCAGAGGGACUCCUGGUGGAGCUCAGGACUCCAGCACGAGCAGCCUACAGAGCAGUAGGAAACCUGAUACCCAACCAGUGCCCUGCUCCAGCAUACAGCGACAACCCUUUCCCCAAGCAUAGUGUGUCAGGCCUGGGUGUGGGUAUGCUGCCACCAGCCCUUCAGGGAAUAAGGAAGGGUUCUUUCAUGCUCAGCAUCCCAGUGGCAGCUAUUCAUACACGUAACUGAUGUUCUGAGAAGAUCAACAAAACUGGGAAAGUUUCGAUGGACGAAGAAGUUACCUUCACCAAAAAACUGAUGGAAGAGAAGGUCGCCUGCCGCUAGCUCAGAUGGCCAGGAGAAAUAGAGCACCUUCACUGUGGGGGACAGUAAGAAGCUCACUCUCCCCUUUUUCCUCUCUGCAGUCGGUAAUCAGGAAGAAUUGUGCCUAAAGGCUAACUCUGACCCUGAGGACCAGACCUGGAAUUUGGAGUCGUGACGUGAAUAUCUUCCCAUUUCCCAUCUCAUUCUCACAGACUGCUUCAGCCUUCCCUUUUCCCCUUUGGAAUCAGAGUUUCUCUUUACAGAAGUAGAAAAGGUGUCUCAGAAAAAUAUUCAGGCUGAAUUUAGCUCAGUGCUUGAAACGAAAUGGGAAGAUGGAAUUAAUAUAUAUGCAUCUGUACACACACACAACACACACAUACACACAGCGUGCAUGUGCAUGAAGCCAACAACCCUCCAAACAUGUGCUCUGGGUGUGUGUUCUGGAUAAAGCCAACCCACAGGUUUUCACUAGGUGUGGGGCAGUCACCAGCACUUGUUCAAUGAGCUCUCCACAUGGAUUUUAGAUGUUCGAAAAACACAAAACUCAUGGCUUCAAUGGCAAAAUUACUGGUCUCCAUUUCAAGUGCUACUUCUAAGCUGCUGUACAGCACAGUCUGUUCCCACUUGUUCUUUUCCGUUGAGAGCAGUUAACCCACCUCUCAGAGGAAGGAGGAGACACAGUGUGCUUUCAGCUUCCAUGUGUGCAAGUGUGCAGUUCAUAUUAGUGCUUCAGUUCAAACGGGAUUUCCAGCCCAAGUAUGUUUCAGAGCAUUCCCAAUAGUUGAGCAUAACACUGAGGGAACACAUCCCACCUCCAGUUUGACUUCUCGCUCCACCUUUACGGCCACUGCCUUCAUUCAUCCCUAACCAGUUUGGGGCGAUGUUGGUUUCCGUGAGGGUUUUA